ACCCAGGCAGGGAGGAUAUAAGCCAUGAGUCUGCUGAAGAGAACAGAACAGACUCUGCACCUCCAUCAUGUUGUGUUACUGGGGAGAAGCUGUAAAACCGGACGGGUUUGGUUUAGUGAAGGCUGACAGCGUGAAAUUCACCGACACUGGCAUUGCAUACCUGUCUCCCAAAUCCAGGAUCAGAGAUGUGUCUCCUGGGAAGAGUGUUGUGGGAUUUAUCCGCGGGGAUGGAAACGCAUCUGUCAUGAGACUGAGCACCACAGAGCAUGCCAAGUCUGGAAAACUGAAACUAUUAGACCAGAAGAAAAACAAAAACAAAAUCAGACUGAUUAUCUGUGGUGACGCUGAUGCUGUCCUUCUGGAAUAUGGAGGCAGAGUACUUUCUUUGGAGAAAUCAAAUUUUUGCAGGUCCAUCAAAGAGCUCAGCAAUAAAACUGUCAUUCAGGUUGCAUGUGGAGAUCAUCACUUCAUGGCACUGACAAACGACGGUCAGUUGUUCACAUGGGGUCAGAACUCGCACGGUCAGCUGGGUUUGGGGAAACAUGAGCCGAGCUCUCAGGCUCCUCAGCACCUCAAGACUCUGUGUGGGAUCCCAUUGGCUCAGAUCGGCGCUGGAGGAGACCACAGCUUCGCCCUGUCUCUCUCCGGAACCGUGUUCGGCUGGGGCAGGAACAGCGCUGGGCAGCUGGGCCUGGGUCAUACGAAAGACAUGUACGUUCCAACCUGUGUGAACAAUCUGAGCCAAAAGAAAACGAUUUCCAUCUCAUGUGGAGAGGAACACACCGCUACUUUGUCAAAGGGAGGAACAGUUUUCACGUUCGGAUCAGGUCGUUAUGGGCAGCUUGGCCAUAACUCAUUAAAAGAUGAACUUCAUCCUCGAGUAGUUACUGGGCUCUGGGGUUUAAACGUAUCCCAGAUCACAUGUGGGAGGAAUCACACUCUGGCUCUGGUUGAAUCAUCAAAAACAAUCUACUCAUUUGGAUGUGGAGAACAAGGACAACUGGGAAAUGGGCAGAGAACCAAUCAGUGUGUGCCACUUCCUGUCCAGCUGCCAUCAGAGGCAAAUAACAUCUGUACAGUUGAGAGCAUCACUGCUGGUGGGAAUCGGUCCUUUAUCUUGUGCUCUCCUCUGAACUCUGAUCGUAAUUUCGAGCCGAACCGAAGGAGGGGGAUUGUGACAUUAGGGGACAAAAUGAUUCACAGAUGGGUGUCUGAGUGUGAAUCAAAUAGUUGGAAGACAAUCAGAAAGGACAUAAAAACAGUUUUCUCAUCUCCAGCUUGUAUAAAUGGGAGCUUCAUUAUGAAAAGUUGUGAUGGACAUUUCCAAACAUCCACACACGUCUCUGGUUUGGAUUUGGAAUCGGUGAGAACUGCUUUUGAGCGGUUAGCCGAAAAGGAGAGGGUGUUGUUGGAGGUAGAGAAGGUGGUAGAGACAGAGCUUCUCCCCUCUCUGAGCUUCACUGCUGACGGUGUGGAGGCUCUGAGGCUUUUCCUCAUUCUGCCUGAACUCCUCCGAGUACUGAAGGAACAAAGACACGAGACAAAGCUCACUGCUUUGCUUGCUUCCGCCAUUUUAAAGCUGGAUCCCUCGGUGCUUAUGGUUUUAGAGAACUUCUGGUCUGAACUCCCUGAAACUUUCCUUAAAACAUCAGUGAAACUUUUUCAAACUUCGGCUACAGAAAUGCUAUCUAAGGUGACGUAUGACUACAGACAAAAAAAAGUCAUGGAUAGACCAUUAUGUGAAUCAGUGCAAGUCCUCCAGAUGCUCUACAAGGCUUCCUGCAGGAACCAGAGCAAAAUCACAGCUGGAGAUUUCAUCAUCUACGAGAUCAAUGAUCUCGUUGACAUGUUGCAUGCUGUUCAGAAGGGCAUAGAUAAUUUACGUAUGGGUUGGUUUUGGACUGGAGACCCAACUCUGAUGUUGGCAGAAGAACAACAACACCUACACACCUUAAAACUUCUGUGCUCAAGUCCUUGUAUCUUCACUCUGGAUGCUAAAUACAGCUAUCUACAGUACAGAGAAUGUGGGGGACCCUUUAGGAUGGAGUUAAGACGCACUGCACUUCUGGAGGACUGUUUCCAACAACUGAAGGCUGCAAGCGAGCAAGCGCUGAAGGGCUGGCUCCAGGUGGUGUACUGUGAAAACUUAGAAAAGAGUGAUGUCAAUAAGAGAGACUUCUUUCACAAAGCAUUUAAGAUGCUGCUGGACCCAGAAUCGAAAAUGUUCAUGUACAAUGACACACUGAUCUGGUUUCCUGCUGAGCUCAAUAUACCAGAGGAGAGAUACUUUCUUCUCGGACUCCUGUGUGGUCUGGCCUUUUACAACAAAAGUGUCGUGCCCAUGCCUUUUCCUUUAGCCUUGUUUAAAAAACUUCUCGACAUCAAACCUUCUCUGGAUGAUCUUGCUGAGCUGAGUCCUGUCAUAGCACAGAGUUUGCAGUACUUACUGGACUACAGUGAUGACGAUGUUGAAAACAUGUGCAUGACCUACACUAUUGCGUGGAAUAACAAGGAUGUUGAACUGGAUCCAUGUGAGCCUGGCAAAGCCGUGACAAGCUCAAACAAAAACGCGUUUGUGGAUGCGUAUGUGGAUUACGUGCUGAAUAAGUUGGUGGAUCGGGUGUUUAAUGAGUUUAAGACGGGAUUCUACAAAGUGUGUAACAGAAACAUGGUGAACUUCUUCCAGCCGGAGGAGCUCAGAAGAGUGAUGUUGGGCUCAGAGGAAUACGACUGGGAUAUUCUCAAAAAGAAUGCAGCUUAUGAAUUUGGAUUUCAUUCAGACCACCCUACGAUUGUCUUAUUCUGGGAAGUGUUUGAAGAACUGUCAAGCGAGGACAAGAAAGCCUUCCUCUUGUUCCUGACUGGGUUUGAUCGAGUUCCCGUUCUGGGUAUGGGCCAGGUGAAGAUGAAAGUGCGACCCCUGUUUAACUCCACACAGGAUCAUCUGCCCCAGGCCUUGACCUGCCAUACCAUACUGGAUCUCCCUGUGUACCAAACAAAAGAAAUACUCAAAACGAAGCUCAUCGAAGCCAUCCACCACAGGAGAGGAUUCUGGGCAAAUUAAAAUGAUAGUUUCUUAAAAUUCCUGUCUUAUUUAAUUUGUCAUUGUGCUGCCGUAUGAAAAUAUGGACUCUCAUGUUGGUUGUACUCUGCGGUAAGGUUCUAAAUGUUGGGAAAAUGAGGGAACUUUUAUUUAAACAGAUUAACCUAAGAAUCACAUGAGCCUUCACUGGCUGCACAGACUUGAGCUCAGGCUCGAACCAUGGACCCUGGAUAUGGAGUCUUAUUGAGCAAACAGGCUGGAUGUCAUUGCACCUUUUUUUUUUUUUGAGGUUAUUAUACGUUUACCUAAACCUAGCCUGAGUGUUUGAUUAAUGCCUUUCAGAAAGGCUGCUCUAGAUAAGUAAAGGAAUUUACAAGGAUUAAAAAACACAUUAUUCUGUAACUUAUGCCGUAUAUCUCACGGCAGACUAAACACUCUGAAUUCAUCGAUGACCAGUUAAGGUCUUUAUAAAAUGACAUGUAGCCUUUGUGAGUGUAAUUCAUAUUUAAAACUUAUUUAACAUUAUUUAAUAAGAAGAAUGUAAAGUAAAAGAAACUGCAAUGGAUGUUUCUAAUAAAACUGUUUUUCAGUAAAUGCAGUAAUUUAGUGUUUAAAAUGUAUAGAAAUGACAAGAAUGUUUGUCAUUAAUGUUUUUUUUUCCCAAACAGUGCAAAUAUUCUAACCAGAGAGUGAGGUGUUUUGCUGUUAUUGUUGUUGAUGAUGAUGAUGAUGAGGAGGAGGAGGAGGACACAUUGUAGGGCAACCUACAGCAUAUUAUACUAUAUAUACUGUAUGCUUUGUAGCUACACUUAAUAGCAGUUGAAUUCUGAUUUCUAUCUUUAAUAAAUAAUUUGA